GUCUGUCCAUCAUUCUCAUCAUCGUCAUCUCAUAGUCGCUCAUACCAUACUUUACCCCUCAGCUCAGCCAUCGACCCCACCACCGCCACAAUGCGCUUCCUCUGGUUUGUCUCCCAAAUGCUCUAUCGAAUGAUCGCUGAUGAUCGCCAAUAGUUUGCAUGGCAUGGGAAGUAAUUCCAGGAUCUUCCGGCAACAAACAGCCGCUCUGCGAUACGAACUGGGCGGGGGCCAUUCUUACGAUUUCGUCGAGGGGACCGUGCCAUGGGAGGCUGAUCCAGACGACAUGUUUGGCAAAGAAGACACCUUCUCCUACUGCGACCCCUCGCUCCCCUCCUUCACCGACCAGGUGGUCAGCGACCUGGAGCACUAUCUGCAGGUCGAAGGCCCCUACGAUGGCAUCAUGGGGUUUAGUCUGGGGGCAAACAUUGCCAUCUCGUGGAUGCUCCAAAAGGCGCGCGAGAACCAGACGGAACUCCCGUUCAAAGUGGGCGUCUUCUUCUCCAACACCAACAUCCCCUAUACCCCUUACCCCUCCUCGUCCCGAACGAUCGUCGAUUUGGAUCUCGGAGCGAUAAGCGAGGCCUUGGAUCUCCCGACGGCCCAUAUUUGGGGAUCGGCGGACCCGGAGGAGGCACAGGCGCGGCUGGCGAGUCUGACGUGCAAGGCGGCCAAGCGAUCGUGGUAUGUGCACGACAAGGGCCACGAAGUGUCGACGGCGGGGGAGGAUGUGAUAGCGAUGGGCAAGGUGAUCAACCGAGCAAUAGCCAUGUCGAUCGGUGGCGGAGGUGAAGACUAGAUGACAGCGCGAUAGACUAUCAAUUGCUAGUGGGAAGAAGCAAUUAUUUGUCAAGCUGAGACGGUGAGAACUAAUGCAUGCGCCUUGCAUUCUGGUUACACCGGCAUCGUUAUUAUAAUAUUAAUAUAUUAUAAUAUAUAUAUCAUCAUUAUACCUGUUCUCUCUCUAGUAGUCGUAACUCCAUCAUGGACCAACAUGACACCACAUCGCCCGCGGACGAACCGGAGGGCGCCUAUCUUCGUGGCGUUCGAUUAUUCACAGUUGCAUUGGGAAUCGCCCUCAGUCUCUUCCUCACAGCCCUCGAAGUCAGCAUCGUCAGCACUUCGCUCGUCACCAUCACCAACGACCUGCAAGGCUUCGACCACAGCAGUUGGGUCAUUACGUCCUAUCUUCUGACUUAUACCGGUAUUUAU